GGCAGUUCCAUAAAUAACUGUGGACGAAGACUUCAAACGAGUCUUUCUUUAUGAAUAUUAGCAGCAGGAGAUGACUUUUGACGAUUCUUUAUAUUCUCUAGCUUCCAGACGAAGAAACAGUAUACAAGAUAGAAGCAAAAAUGGGACAAAAACACGGCGUUGACUCAAGAGGCAAAGGUGGAGAUGUUCCCGGUUCUUCGUCGAUAGGGCAAAAGCACGGCGGAGGAGUGAUCGUUCCGGGGUCAUCAUCACUUUUCGAUGUCUUGCCAGAAGAUUGCAUCUCCAACAUAAUAUCUUUUACAAGUCCAAGGGACGCGUGCAUCUCUGCUUCGGUUUCAAAAACCUUUGAAUCCGCGGUCAAGUCCGAGAGCGUAUGGGAGAAGUUUCUUCCGGUGGAUUAUGAAUCUUUGGUUCCUCCUCCAUCGCGAGUUUUCUCAUCCAAGAAAGAGCUCUAUUUCGCUCUUUGCGAUCAUUUUCUUAUUGAAGAUGGCAGAAAGGUAUAUUUAUAUAUUUGUAGUUAUGUUUCUAAAUUGAUAAAACAUAAAAUGGACUAUCCAUCUAAUACAUAUAUGACUGGAAACAAACCUAUAUACAGGUUUCAAAAAAUACCGGAGCUUCUUAAUGUAUGUGCUUUCGAGAUGGGUGGUGGGAUGAAUACUAAAAUCCUUUCUCCGGGAACAAAUUACUCAGCUUACGUUGUGUACAAGCUAAGGUAUCGACGUCAUGGCUUACGAGAUUUGCCCAUACAAGUUGGAGUUGGUUUUAAGGGACAAGAAAAACCAAAAAAUUUCAUAUGUUUUGAUGAGUCUACAAAUAUAAUCAAAGAGUGGCCAACGAGGGAGCUAAUGAAAUCAGGAAGGAGGAAAGAUGGGUGGAUGGAGGCAGAGAUUGGGGAUUUCUUCAAUGAAGGAGGAUUAUCGGGUUUUGAUGAAAUUGAAGUGAGUAUUGUAGACAUUACUUCCCCCAAUUGGAAGUGUGGUGUGAUAAUUCAAGGAAUUGAAUUCCGGCCAAAGAAUAAUCGUUGAAUUGAUAUCGGUUUCCUGAAGUGGAAGAAUGGUUUGAUGAUAUUGCCUGUUAUGUUUUUGGAAAAGAGACAAAAAAAGAAAGAAAAAGAGACACUAUAUUUACAUGAUUUAAAGUGUGGAUUGUAAUGUUUGUGAAGUUGA